UCAACUGGAAGCGCCAGUCCCGUUUUGAUGGCGGCGCCGAGGGUGUAAUGAGCGGCACGGAUCGGUAAGGACAGAGCCGGGUUUAGAGACAACAUGUGUGAAGGCGCAUCCAGAAUAUCCGGGCCGAUCCCCCCCGACCCCACUCUGUUCCCGGAUUACUACAGAAGGCCGGCCUCAGCUCGGGGUCGGCUGGAGGGGACUGAUGUCAAGCUGGACUUUCUGUCAGGACCGUUGCAUCCAGAUCCCACCUUAUAUCCAGCUUGUUACAGUGCCAGGCCCGCCAGCCCCAUACCCAGAGUACGCCCCAAUGCCAGGGACAUCUUGGAAAGGGGGCAGAGUGGCACAGUGGGUGUUCUCCUGAAGCUGGAGGGUAUCUCUCUCCAUACAGCAUCGCCCCCUCCCAAAAAAAACAAAGACCAUGGUAAAGAGAAUGUGCAGCGGAUGAGGGAGAUCCAGAAGCGGUGUAAAGAGAAGGAGAUGGAGAAGGUACAGGGGGCUCCUAAACCCAUCAAAGCUUUGUGGAAGUCGCCCAAAUACGAACAGGUGGAGUCCAAGGUGAAAGCCAAACUGCAGGAGCAGCCAUUCCCUCCCAGGGCGGUACAGGCAAACUUCCUAAAGUCUCAUACCCGGUGUGGCGCAGGGCUACCGCCUAAGAGAUGCCUUUCACCAGCGCCCAGUAGGCCCACCACCGCCUGCCAUGAGAUGCAGAUCCAGGGUUCCAGCAUUGACUUCAUAGCCCACAAUGCAAGAAAUGUGAAGAAGACCCAGAUGAGGCGAUCCCGCUCCCUGCUAAACCUAAACGAGGUCCUGCAGGAGAAGCAGCAACAGCAGAAGGAGUAUGACUCCAAGCAGAAAGGACAUGUCCCUCAGUACCUCCUGGACCUUAAAGAGCAAUGGAGGAAAGAGCAAGAGGAACGUAAGAAGCAGGCUCCCGACCCAUCGCUCCCACCGGGACACACCAUGAUGCCAGAACCUGAACGUCAGGAGACGCUCAAUAAAAUCAAGCAGACCCAGGACCAGCUGCUGAAGGAGCUACUGAGGCUUCCAGUCCGAGCAGACAACUUCAGCAUCCAGAACCGACGCACUGAGCUGGAGAAGAAGCUGUCCGAGAUGGAGGAAGCCAUUAAAGUAUUUUCUCGCCCCAAGGUCUUCAUUAAGAUAGACUCGUAAAGAUGUCUUCUAAUUUCCCCAUAACCCCACCACUUCUUGUGGAGUUCUUGGAGGACUCUCCUGCUGGACUAGUCUACCGGAGACGGGUUUUUAUACAGAACUGAUCUGCUGCCACAUCUGGAGGGAGAUUUGCGUGUGCUUUUUAUGUUGUGGGCUGCUGGAAUCUAGAUUAUUUAUUUUACUCUUUUUAAUAUUUUAAUAUAAAAUGAAAAGCUAUGAAAUGUAUGAAUCAUGGUGCGUGCAUGACUAUUAAACCUAAUUCUGCACUCCAAUGAGCCGUAUCGUUUCUAUACCCUAUGACAUUGUAUGAUUGAGCUGCUUCGUUUAAAGGGAUUUUCCAGGGUUUUUAAUAUUGAUGACCUAUCCUCCACUUGAAUGGGACUGAGCUGUGCCAAGACCAUGUGACCAACGAACGUGACAUCACUGGCCUAGGAAGAGACCUCAGCAUGCAAUGAGUACUUCGGCCUCGUCAAACAGCUGCUCGACGGGGGUGCCAGGAGUCAGACCCCUGCUGAUCUGAGGAUAGGCCAUAAAUAUCAAAAACCUGGAUGACCCCUUUAAUUUCCUGGCAUAAAUGUAAGAGUGACAUCACAUUAUGGCUGUACCCUUGGCAUAUACCCCAGGACAGGCUCCUUGUGUAUAAACUAAGCAUAUAGACAUAUAGAUUAGGCUACGUUCACAGUAGUGUUGUGAAAUCCGGCAGGCUGUUCAGGCAGAGGAAUAGCUUGUUGGAGUUCACCGUAUCGAGCAUAGAAGGAUAAUGCCAGGAAGCACUGGAUCCCCCAUAGACUACAAUGCCGUCUGAUGGGCAUCCGGCCGAAAGCCAGCGUUUAUGCUGGAAAGCGGACAGAUCCCAUUGUAGUCAAUAGGGAUCCGGAGCUUCCCAGCAUUAUCCGGCUAUGCCUCUGCCAACAUCCUUCCGGAUCUGAAUGUAGCCUAAGACUCCUUACGCCCUACAAAGAGCAAAGUAGUGUCCUUUUGGCUUCCACUGCUUGGUAUACAUUAGUACAGGCAUGCUCAACCUGCGGCCCUCCAGCUGUUGUAAAGCUACAACUCCCACAAUGCCCUGCUGUAGGCUGUUCGGGCAUGCUGGGAGUUGUAGUUUUGCAACAGCUGGAGGGCCGCAGGUUGAGCAUGCCUGCAUUAGUAUACUUUUUUUGCAAUGUAGACUAGCGUAGUAGACUUCACUGUUCCAUACAAUGAAAAAUAUAUAGACCUCAGUAGGGUUGCAUUGGGUAUCGAUACCUAUUUAAUACUUUGAUGCCCGUUUCAAUACUGACAGUUUUUUGAUACUUGUCACCGGUAUUGCGCAGAGUCGCAGCAGUUUUGAUUAGAGAACAUGGU